AUGGCAGUUGAGAAUAUAUCCGCCUCCCCGACGACAUUUGAGAAAGAUGAAGACUUCGAAAGCAUGGAUAUUAUCCACGCCUCCAUCAUCAUUGCAAUCGCAGUCAUUGUCAACAUCACAAAUUUCCUAACUCUACUGGUGGUGCACUCUUAUAAAUACGUGUUUAAUCCAAACAUCCUAAUUGGUGGUAUAGCCCUACUUCUUGCUUGGUGUCCGAAAUUUCGUGAAUCGCUGGCUGGUGAGGUUCUCGAACCAAAACUCAUCCCCGGUAGAACCCACGGUCGUCGAGGCCUCCUCCUGCUGGUGCCGGUGUGUCAAGGAACAACCGCAGAAGUCGCUUUCCAAGGAGCAAUUGGUGGAACGAACUCUACAUCUCAUGAAGAGUCUCCACGUGAAACGGUGCACAAGGAUCUCGAAGACAAUUGCAGUGUCAGCAGGGAUCUACUACUUACCAUGGCUAAUUUCACAGAUUCCCAGGUUUCCGUUUUCUACGAGCUCCUCACUGGAAGCUACCUCCCUAUUUUCGAUUACGUCAUCAUCCGGGUCAUUCUGACGUCAUCUAUUCUGAACCCUAUCGUAUACGUCACGUUCUCCAAGACCUACCGCUACGGAUACCAGCGCCUCCUGGUCAAAGCCCUCCGUCUGUGUGGGUACGAAUGGCGAUCGAGGAAACCGCUGGGACUCACAGGGAGUGAAAUGCAAAAGAUUUCUCACCGAAUGGCUCUGGAAGAAUGGGAGAGUCCCGGUUUGGUACGUCGACGGUACAGCAAACGACGCAGUAAGAGAAAGAUCACCCGAAUGCACCACCUCUACACGGUCAGCGAAAAAACCGGAAAUGGCUAUGGCGACGGAAAGUGUGAUGACGACCGCGCAGGGAGACAGAGGAGGUAUCGAAAGAACACUUCGAUUGAUGCGUCACGAGGAGCAGGCGUCACUAGUGCGUCAGUAAAAGUAGCGCGGCACAGACGGAACACUGGCCAGGAAAAACGCGUGCAUGCUAAAAGCCCUCUCAAAAAUGGGGACACAACCUUUGUCCAGCAGCAGGUGGAUUUUCCUGCAUCGUCUCAAGUCUUGUCCAAGGACGAUAAUGGGUCCACGGUGUUAUGUCAGAACUUGAGGGUCAUCGGCUCUUUCCGUCAAACGGUUCGCAAGGAUAGCAAAUCGGCGCCGUGUGAAGUGUUUCCUCUAGAAUGCUCGGAAAAUGCAUCAACCGGAAAUGACGAAAUUCAUUUACAAUCCAAAAAUCCUUUGCCCGAACCAAAGAGAUAUCUUCCACAAACUCUGCAGGCACUUGCAGCAUCGGCUGUUGAACUGGAAAAGUAUCAAAGAAAAGGGCAGAUAACAGUUUCUGAAGCAUCACCUCCGGCGAGGGAGCGCGAUGGUAGUGUUAGUAUUCAUGGUUUGAAUGGGACGAGCGUUCUCAAGCCAUUCGAAAAUUCAGCCGGGACCAACGCUCAAGGUCAUGUCUGUAUCCACUUAGAUGUGAUCGAAUUUGUGAAUAGACACGAGAUGAAACACAAAAAUGGAUCGCUUGUGAGCACAAUUCGUAGGUGUCAACUGAAGGACAAAUCACAAAAGACAACAGAUGAUGAGCAAACUGGACCAUCAUUUGUCUUUUCCUUGAGGGAAAACCGCUUUCUACCAGAACGAAUUCACCAGGAAAGCAUUGAUACCUUUUCCUUUGAAAAUGGUGAAGACACUUCUUCACACUCCAUUUUUACAACUGAUGUAACGAAUGGGGCUUUCGCUCCGAUGGAAACUUCUGCAGACGUCUCUCAGAAAAAUCAAGAAUCUUCUCAUUCCUUGAGGGCAACCAAAGAACGACCGAAGAGAACGAGCGAGAUCUUGCGCGAAAGUUCACGAUAUAGUGAUGACAUUGCUAAACUGAAUGAUUUGAUGCUUCAAGACUACAAUAGGAAGAUGCACAAAACAACUCCAGUGAACUCCUUAGUAUCGAGUAAAGGAAGCUCCCUAAACAAUCAUGAAACGGAAAAGAAAUGAACUGAUUUAAAAUUGUAAUAAAUAUGGUGUUCCAUCCUGAUGAUAAGGAGAUAUGCAAGACUCAACUUUGCCCGGUACAGAUUGCAAAUGUUCGAAUACAUGUCCCAAGAAGUAGUUUAAGCGAAAAGAAUUGAUAUUCAGGCAUAGAUAUCUCCAAAAUGCCAUACAUGCAUUUUAU